AUGGCAGAACGUAAAGCAACAAACAAGUACAUUCCACCAGAUUUUGAUCCGAAAAAACACAAAUCAAUUAAUGGAUAUCAUCACUCUCAUCCAUUGAGACAACGUGCAAGUAAAUUGAAAGCCUCUUCAUCUUCCGAUAUUGAUGAUGAACGAAUAGGAUCUUUGGUCAUUCGUUUCGAGAUGCCAUACAAUGCUAUCUGUACUCAUUGCUCAAAAGGCAUUGCAAAAGGAACACGAUUCAAUGCUCGGAAGAAACAAGUUGGAUUGUUUGGAGGAAAUAAUAAUAAUUUAAAUAAUUCCGAAAAUUUAAAUAAUGAUUCAGAAAAUUCAGGAACAAAUACUCUAGAUCAUGUUAAAGUAAAAUUGGAAGAAACAGAUGAUAGUAAUAAUAAUAUUAAUUCUGAUACAUUUAACAUGAACAAUGAAAAGAAGGAAAAAACUCUAACAAUGCCAAUUUAUUCAUUUGUUAUGAAAUGUUAUGAUUGUUCGGGAAGAUUGGAGAUUAGAACCAAUCCUGAACAAUUAACCUAUGAUUGUGUGAGUGGAAUAAAGUGGAAGAGUCAAGGACUGAACAUUAGCAAUGAUGCCGAUGUAUCUAAUUUGGAUGUUAAUGAUACCCGUUCGGAAAUGAUUGUGAUUGGACAAGAUUUGGAAAGUAUGGAUUCAAUGCAGAGAAUUAAUCAUGAAAAAGAGGAUUUAGUGAAAGCAGAAAGUGCCAUCCCUCAACUGGAAUCAAUUAUUAAACUCAAUAAGAGACAAGAGAACGAUUUCGAGUCAAAUUUUCAGCUAAGAGCUUCUCACAGACAAUUAAGAAAGAGUGAGAAGGAAGCUUGCAAGAAUUUGGGACAAAGAUUGGGAGCUAACUUUGUUAAUUCCUAUACACUACGUUCAUUGUUACCUGAAGAAACACUUGAGGAUGGAAUUAUUGCCAAACAAGAAUUGUCAACUCGUGUGAAAAAGAGAAACAUUGAAGGAACAUCAUCCGCCUCAAUAUUUAACGCUUCCAAAUCCUCACAACCAUUGAAACCAAAUGAAAUAACCAAGAUGGCCAAAGAGUUAAAAAAAAGAAAGUUGACCAACUCUACACAACAGGAAAUAACAUCUCCCAAAAGCUCGGCGACGUGUGAAAAUUCAAAGUGGACUCUACAGAGAGCCAAAUUUACUAAUACGAAAUCAUCAAUUUCAGGUUGUUCUGCAUUGCUGCAAGGAUUGAAUCAAUACAAAGAUGAGGAAGAUGAUUGA